AUGACACGACUAUGUAUUUGUGAAAUCUGUAACUGUGGACGUCACCGUUGCCGGCAUCGACCCACUGCGCUGUAUGGACAGGGUGGUAAGACAUGUGUGUUGACUGAGUACUCAGAGAAGUACCCAGUGUAUGAUGGCUACAGUCCCCCAAAGAGUACAAAACCUACACAGCUCUUUCAGGGCCACAAAGGGAGGAUGGAUGGAACCACUACUUUCAAGUCUGAUUUCCUUCCAUAUGAGAUUACACGUCGCCCUGGGAGACAGCAAGUGGAGUAUAAGCCUAAACCAGGAGAGAUAGACCUGAACACAACUUACACACUGGAAUUCAACCCCUACGAGAUGCAGCCUGUGGCUCCACCACGGCCUAAAGAGACAGUUCGUGCUGCAAGUGGAAAAAUGGACACUGUGCCCACUUACAAAGAGGAUUUUCAGAAGUGGCAAGUUCCCAAAAGAGAGCUAACCAAACCAGACUCUGUAUACCACCCACCCUCGGCAAAAUUUGGCAACAGCACCACAUUUCAAGAUGACUUCGCUCCAAGGGGGCUGGUUCCUCGAGAGAGUUUCAAACCCUCCAGUGUUGCGAAGUUAUCUGAUGCUCCCUUCGAUGGUGUCACGAGCAACCAGCUGUCCUAUGUGCCCCACCCUCUUGAGGCCCGAUAUGUCAGAACCCCAGAGCAGUACAAGCCCAGCAGUCAACCUCUCCAGGAUACCACCACCCACCGCGAAGACUACCGAAGCCUACCCUGCCAGCUCUCCAAAAGCUGCAAACCUGAACCUACCAAAAUGACCUCAGACGCCCCCUUCCAGAGCAGCACUGAGUUCCGCGAACGUUUCCAGCAAUGGCCCGUUUCCAAGCCACAGUUUCACAAGUCUCCAGAGUAUGUGAUUCCCACAGCACACAUGGACCUGAGCACCACCUCCCAGUCCGACUACAUCAAACACAACAUUCAGCCCUUUGUGUCUGCCAAGCCUUUCCCCCGGCCCGCCAGGUCUUCCGCACCAUUCCACAGCAAAACCACCAUGCAGGACGACUUCAAGCCUUGGGUGACGUGUAGGCAGGAGCUGGUCCGUAAGCCAGAGGAGAUCAAACGAGCCCAGGGGAAGAUGGAAGACCUCACCACUUUUAAGGCCCAUUUCAUACAGCACCAGCUGCAACCAAGUGUCAGCUUCAAGCCCUCCAAUGCUCCCAUGAGAACCGACGCCCCUUUGGAGGAGGGUACCGUGUACCGCACUGAGUUCACACCAAAGAAGAUCAGCGUGUGUCCCGCCAGCUUCGACUGUCCCCCGGGCUACGUCUUUGAGGAGAACGACGAACGAGGCCACAAAUUGUUCCGCAGGUUGUCAUCGAAAUAG